AUCAUUUUGCAUAGAAAAAACAACCCAUUUCGCGGGUAAAUGAUUGCCAAACCCCCCAUUUCCGCCGUCAGAUGGCCUGUUCGAGCUCCAGCUCCCUUCCAAAUUAGGGUUUCAAUCUCGCUCGCUCGCUCUGCGUCGUGAUAAUAUUGUCGGGAUUCGGCAUUCAUUACCCUGGAGUGGCGUUUGUAGCCUCGGGCUGUCGCACGUGCUCAUUCCUGUCGUGCGCCUUUUUACCUCGUGUCUCGAAAACCAAAACCUGAGUGGGUGUAUGGAUGGGUCUUUCUCGAAAGGUUGAUGAUUGAGGCGUAGAUUGUUGGAGUGGAUUCCUGGGGAGGAGAGUCGUUGGAUGAUGCCGAAGCUUCCUGUCAAGAGACCGCAGCUUUUGCGAGCGGCGAAUUCGGUCGUCCAUGCGCCAUGAGAGAUUCUGUUUUUGUUGUUGUUGUUGUUCGGUUUGGAUUUCAUGCUGACGAACGCCAUGCUCCGAAGUAUCGUUUGUUUCUGAGAGGGAGGAAAAGAGAUUGUUAGUCGUUGAAUUUGGUUUCGUGAACGUUACUGGAGCGGUGAGAGUGCCAUGAGCGAAAGUUCGAUAGGUAGAAGAAAUUUGGGCUUAGUCGGUGGUGUUAAGGGGAUGGAGCCUUCAGAUUGCCGCGUUGAAAAAGAUGACCCGCAUUGUAAGGAACGUGUCGGUAACCGGUAGCAGGAAGAGGAUCAGCCCGAAGAGCGGUGCAGGGAUAGCGUGGGAUUCGGAGACAAUUCAGUGUGUGCCCCCGCGUCGCGUGUACCAUCAUGGGAGCGCAGAUAUCACGGCAAAUUCAGGUGGUGAUAGAGAAGCACCAGCUCCGAAACCUGGAAGAAUCCCGAGGGACGUCGUUUCCUGGUUGUGAUUACAAACACCCGAACCACCGAGAAUGGAUGGCAACGUUGAAUGUGGAUGACAUCACGGCUCGCGACGUGGUCUGGCCAGGAACUCACAACUCGGCCACGAACGGGAUCGGGAUGCCGUUCCUCACCCGUCCCUUCUUCCAGUGCCAGAAGCUCUCAAUCUACGAGCAGCUGGUGAGCGGCGUGCGCGUCUUCGAUAUCCGCGUGCAGCAAGACCGGCGGGUGUGCCAUGGCGUGAUGCUGUCGUAUAGCGCCGACUCCGUCAUCAACGACGUGAAGCGAUUCCUGGUCGAGACAUCGCUGGAGUUUCUCCUCAUCGAGUUCCGGACCGAGUGGAAGUGGUUCGACCCCUUGGAUUUCGACGAAUACCUCAUCUCGCAGCUCGGCGAAUACCUAAUCCCGCAAGACGAGCACAACUUAGACAAGCCCCUACGGAAGCUGCUUCCGGGCCGAGUGUUCUGCGUCUGGAAGCCCUCCAUCGCCCCGGCGCCAGCGCCAGGCAGCCCACUCUGGAGCUCAGACUACUUGCUCGACAGCUGGAUCGACACCGAUCUCCCGUUGACGAAGUUCACUUCCAACUUGGAAUAUCUCCACAAACAGGCGCCGAAUGCAACCCGGCCCUACUUCUACCGCGUCGAGAACACGGCCACGCCGCAGCACUCCGGCCCCGUGUGGUGCGUCUUCCCCGUCACGAACCGCAUUCGCGGCUACGCUCGUCUGUUUCUAGCCGAGACGUUCCGGCUGGGGCUCGGCGACCGUAUCCAGGUCUUCUCCGAGGAUUUCAUCACUGACGACUUCGUGGAUGCGUGCAUCGGCGUCACUGUGGCCCGCUUCGCCCUCUCCAAGCGCCUACAACAACAGCACCACCCCGCUUUGCAGCAGCAACAACAACAGCUCCGCCCAUGGUUUUGAAGCACCAAAUUCUGUUGCUGUUGUUGUUGCUGUUUUUGCUUGCUUUCCUGCUUCCCUCCUCUUCUUUGUGCCCGAAUUGUGGCCAUUCUGUUUGCUGCUUUCUUUUCCCUGUUGUGUGAGUUGUAGAUUGUUUCGCUAUCUGUGGCCACUCUCCUUUCAAUUCCAUUCCCGAUGUCAAAAAGUUUGUGCAUCUCCCAGCAGCUUUCUUCCGCUCACCGACGGAAUCUUUUUGCAGUUUUUCGGGUCACCUAUUGUGCGUGUGUGUGUGUGUGUGUAUGUGUUUGUGUGUUAUUUGUUUAUAUUGUUAUGUGGGUUUUUAAUGUUUGGAAGAUGGGAUGCAGUGCAUCGGAGAGUUGGGUUUCGAUGCUCUUCGUUGCACAUGGCCGUAAGGGAGCCAUAUACUGUGGAUGAGGGAGAUGCUCGGUUCAAUUUUUUGUAUUCAUUUUCAAGUGUUUGCCCACAAACAAGGGAUUUUAGGUUUACAAUAUUAUCGAACUGUAACAAUUGGGUAUGUCGCAAUAUGGGAGUACUUUGUUUUGGUACAAAACAGGUUGUUAUUUAUUUUUAUUUCUUUGUAAAAGAUGAGAACAAAACAGAAAUUAUUAUUUUUUCAGAACGUUGAAAUUUGAAAAUGAUGUCAUGAUAGUUUUUCAAUUAACAUUUUGAGUUAUUGCUGAUC